UUCUAUGAGUCAUUAUUUAAUAUAACAUAUUUUGGGUUCUCCGUCAAACUUGCUGUCGCUGACAAUAAACAAAUUAUAAACCCUCUUAUCCUCGAUAUCGAUUCCUUGUGCAAAAACCAAAGAAACAAGAAGAAGAAAGAAGAAAGAAGCUAAAACAAGCUAAGAAACAAUGUGCUGCUGUUGUGGCGAGGAUUGUAAAUGCAGGCCUUUGGGGUUUCUACUAGGCCUUCCCUUUGCCUUCGUCUCCCUCCUCCUCUCCCUUGUUGGUGUUGUUAUUUGGAUCGUUGGGAUACUUCUGAGUUGCAUAUGCCCCUGUUGCCUGUGCGUGACAAUCAUAGUUGAGUUUGCACUGGCGUUGAUCAAAGCUCCCUUUUCGGUCAUGGAGUGGUUUACGUCAAAGAUCCCUUGUUAGACUAUUCAUUUAUGGAUUUUAUUCUCUCUCAACUCUCUCCCAUUCAUUAAAUCCCUUUCUGGGCUGUGGUUGUCAUGUUUGAUUUCCACUCCAUCUUGAAUUGUCUUUGAUUUUCUCAUUAUUCAUCUUUAAUCAUUGAUUUAUUUUUUUUAAUUGUUUUUUGUCCUAUUUGUAUAUUUGUCUUUUGGUCAUCCUCUUUGUAUUAUGUUUGUUGUGUUGAUUAAUGGACUAGUUUUUCUUAUUA